AUGGGAGAGAGGGGCAUGGCCUGGUGGAUCUGGGCAGUGCGUAUGUCGGAUUUGGGCGGUGUGGGGAGAUCAAAUAGAGAGACGGCGGCGGCAUGGGAGAAUGGGAGAGAGGGGCAUGGCCUGGUGGAUCUGGGCAGUGCGUAUGUCGGAUUUGGGCGGCGUGGGGAUCAAAUAGAGAGACGGCGGCGGCAUGGGAGAAUGGGAGAGAGGGGCAUGGCCUGGUGGAUCUGGGCAGUGCGUAUGUCGGAUUUGGGCGGUGUGGGGAUCAAAUAG